AUUGGUUCCUCAGCCCGCCGUCGGUUGCUGUGGAGACUCGGCGCUGCGGCCCUGGGCUCAUGGCGCUGUACCAUCUCUUCUCUCACCCGGUCGAGCGCUCCUACCGCGCGGGGCUCUGCUCCAAGGCCGCGCUCUUCGUGCUGUUGACCACCGCGCUGACCUACAUCCCCCCGCUGCUGGUGGCCUUCCGGAGCCACGGAUUUUGGCUGAAGCGGAGCAGCUACGAGGAGCAGCCGAACGUGCGCUUCCAGCACCAAGUGCUGCUCGUGGUUUUACUGGGACCAGAACCCGGAGCCUUCCUCGCCUGGAGCACGUUCCCCACCUUCAACAGGCUGCAGGGGGUUCACCUGCGCGUCCCGCUCGUGUCGUCCAGAGAAGAAGACAGGAACCAGGAUGGGAAAAUGGAUGUGCUCCACUUUAAACUUGAGCUUCCCCUGCAGUCCACAGAGCAUGUUCUCGGUGUACAGCUCAUCCUGACCUUCUCCUACCAGCUGCACAGGAUGUCAACGUUUGAGAUGCAGAGCAUGGCGUUUCUUCAGUCCUCCUUUGCUGUUCCUGGCUCACAGUUACGCGUGAAUGGCGACCUCAGGCUGCAGCAGAAGCAGCCACUGAGCUACCGUGGCCCGGACGUCAGAUACAACGUAUCCGUGAUCAAUGGGACUAGUCCUUUCGCCCAGGACUACGACCUCGCUCACAUUGUUGCUGCCUAUCAGGAAAGGAAUGUGACCACUGUCCUCAGUGACCCCAGCCCAGUCUGGCUGGUGGGCAGGACCGCUGAAGCUCCUUUUGUGAUCGAUGCUGUCAUCCGCUAUCCCGUAGAAGUCAUUUCUUACCAGCCAGGGUUCUGGGAGAUGAUAAAGUUUGCCUGGAUCCAGUACAUCAGCAUCCUGCUCAUCUUCCUCUGGGUGUUUGAAAGAAUCAAAAUCUUCGCGUUUCAGAACCAAGUAGUGACCUCUAUCCCCGUAGCCGUCCCCCAGGGAGAGAUGAGGAAAGAGCACUUAUCCUGAGAGGAUCUGAGAGGAUCCCGGCCGGAGACCCGAGGGACCAAGGCUACCUCAGUCCUGUCUUCUGAGACCUGCUGGUUUACAACAUUCCUGCAAAGAGCCCUCUGGACAUUUUCAGGCCUGCAUGUUUUACUUCAGAGACAAAGAAUGGGUUUUCCAGGGUUGUGAUGCCCAAAGCCCACACCUUCAAAGCACCGAGGGAACCCACAAACACUAGUCUGUGGAAAGGUCUCAGGGUUACUGGAAGAUGUGACCAGCCCCCCCACCCCCACCCCCCCGCCCCCAGACAGGGUUUCUCUGUGUAGCCCUGGCUGUCCUGGAACUCACUCUGUAGACCAGGCUGGCCUUGAACUCAAAAAUCUGAGUGCCUCUGCCUCCCAAGUGCUGGGUAAAGGCGUGCGCCACCACUGGCUGGUUUGGAGGCUGUGAUUUUUGUUUUGUUUCUGGUUUUGCUUUGCUUUGACCUUGAAUUUCAGGAGAAAUUUGCAGAAUUCAUACAUCUUUGAAAGAGCCCCACCUCUGGUCAAGCGAGUUUGCCUCUUUUGAACUGGGAUGCCCCAUGCACUCCUCUCUCCUGUCAUAAGCUAGCUUUUUUAGCCUCCUGGGGUGGGGGGGCUCUCACAAGAAACAUGCAAGUCCCUAAUACUUUCUACUCCUAGGUAUCUACGCAGUGCCCAUUCAGAACUUUGGUUUCCAGAACUGAAGCCUCUAACUGGAAACCGGAAGGGGGCAGGGCAGGACCUAAAUACAAGAGUCUCAGAACUGUGUGCAUGCUGGUGGGUAACUUAAGGGCAGGAGGACUAGACACCUGCCCUCAGGCUAAUAGAUGGGGGUCUGUCAUCAGCUCAGCAGAACAGCCCUCUGUUCUGCCCUGCUGAGGCUGGCUCUAUGCCAUGUUUCUUGCCCUCUUGUCUGUGCCCCUGGGAUGGCGCUGGAGUCAGAAGUGCUGCUUCAUUCAGUCUGUUCCCCUGCCCCCAGCACCAGUGGAGGAUGUCCUGGCUUCUAACAACAGGUUCUUUCUCCCUGGCCCUCACCCAACAGCCUGGCCGCUCCUCCUCCUUGAUGGCCUCCCCCCUUUCUGAAAGGAUGUGGGUGACAGAGGGGUUGUUGUUGGCAUUGGCUCCCACUGCCUGACAACCGCAGGGUUUAUUUGGAGGCUGAGCUGAAAACUGAGUUGUUUGCAGUUCCUUUGAUUAAGGAACAGAGUACUUACCAGAGGGGAGGCUUUGGGGAAGGAGGGCCUGAGGAGAGUGAGGAAAGAGACCGAGCAGAGCCUGUGACCCAGCCUGGCCAUUAGCAGGGUGAGGAGGAGCCCAGAAGAUAGCCUGUGAUCUAUAGAGUAUCUGCGAGGACGGCUACUUUGCAUAGAAAACUGUUAUUUGGCCCCAUUCCUGCCCUGAGCCCUUGUGCUCUCUUAAAGGACUCUGCCACAUCAUUAGCCCUGGAAGGACAUACCUACCCCUACUGCUCAUGACUCCAUGUCUAACCACAAACACUCCUCACUAUGGGCCUCAGUUUAUCUCGGAGACACCCUUCUGUCGGAGCCAGCAAAGUAAGAACUUCGAAAACAAAGCUGUUUUGAAGUAUUCACUGAGAAAAACUCUCUAGUACUAGGUUCUCUGACUUAACGCAGCUGAUUGUGUGCCUGAGUGGGGUUUUUUUUUUCUUUCUGAAGAUUUACAUGAAAAAUGGUUUCUGAUUUCAAUUUUAAAACGAUAAUGAGAGGGCUAGGGAUGUGGCUCGGUUGGAAGAGCGCUUGCCUGCCAAGCUUGGAGCCCUCGGUUCCAUUCCCAGCUACAUAUAAAUCUUUAUGGUGGUGCAAACCUAUCACCCCAGCACACUGCGGGUAGAGGCAGCAGCAGAAGUCCAGGAUCAUCCUUAAGGAAGAGCCCAGCCUGGGACACUUGAGACCCUAUCUCAAUGAAAAUAAGGCAAUGGGGCUGGGGGCGUGAUCAGAAAUAUAUUGUAUGGAAAAAAGAUAGCAAGAUACAGAAGGAGGACCAAAGAUAACAGGCUACUUUGCAUUCUAUUAAACUAUCCUGUGCAUAAUUUGUAUAGAGAACUCAAUGAUGUUUUAUAACUUUCUAAUUAAAAUAUUCUACAAGAAA